UGCUGGCCAUCACAGGCCCUGAAAACUGGUGCAACAAAGAGGGUACGAAGGCCUGGCUUGGCCUGCGGAGCUUGGCGCACGGUUAUACGUACUUGUAGCUCUCAUCGCAUGUCUCUCUGAAGUCUGAAAUGGUGCCCUUCCUUCCAACUCUAGCCGCUUCCGAGCUGGCCAAAUGUAUUAUUGCUCGGGCUAGUCGGUAGGAAGGUUUCGGGUCCAGUUAGGCUUCCCCGGAUAACAGAAAGGCUAGCAAGGUGGUUGGAUGGAUGGAUGGACGGGAUGGACGGACAGAGAGUGGAUUGAGAGUUAAGAUGAUACCGCCGUGGCGAGAGUUGCACAGAAAAGGUAUUUCAUAACAACAUCUCGGUGGACGCGUAUGUGGUGAUUAGAAUUGUAAAUCAAGAUCCCGAGCACGUGGAACAUCGUGGAUUUCGUCAAUCGUGGCCAAAGACAGAAUCGAUCAAGCACCAACAUCAUGACACGGGUAUACACACAGGCAGAGAAAAUCGCACGAUUAGUUUAAGCUGAGCUCAUUUUGAAGCUGGAUCGAGGUGAUUGACUGAGUGGUGGGGUCGAAUAAAUUUGCUAAGAGGCAAAAAUCGUCGUGACAGGCAAUAUAAUUCGAUCAGGAGUGCUCCAUUCGUACUGACGAAAUGGGAGACCGACCUAUCAUUCGGCCAGAGUCGAAUAUUCAAGUCGUGCCUAUGGCGAAGAAAAAGGGACACAAAAAUGGACCAACUUCCAAUGGCCAAAUGAUGAACGGAGAUCUCUUCGCUAACGAAUCGGGAGGUUUUGUUAGAAGUUGUCCUGAGACGCCAUGGAAUCAGAAAUAUUCUACAGCCCUCAAAACCUUGAUUCCCUACCGGCCACAACCCAAGGAACGCCGUUAUCUGCCCAUGGAAAAAGUGGGAUGCUGGAGUUAUCUGACCUUAUCCUGGUACACUGGGACGAUGUGGAAGGCCUUUCGCAGUGGCCUGUCCCGCUUGGACCUUUUGGAGUUAGAUGAACGGGAUCAAGCGCACAAUACAGCACAACGAUUGCAACGGAUUUGGGAGAACGAAGUUGAACGAGCCCGGAAAGAAACUGAUCCCAAGAAGCAAACACCGUCCAUGACCAAGGUUGUUAUGAAAUUCUGUGCCACACGAGUGUGCAUUGCGGGGAUCAUGCUCAUGAUUUCAAUUGUUCUGCAAUUUCUGGGACCGAGUUUGGUGUUGAAACUGCUUUUGGACUACAUCAACCAACCAAUUGAAGACUUAAACCACGGUUGGAUGCUGGUCUUGAUGCUUCUAUUGACACAGUUCUUCAGAACUGUCACAUUUUCUCUUAAUUUCAAUAUCGGCGUGCAUACCGCUCAGAAAGUUCUUGGCGCUCUGCAAUAUUUGGGAUAUUCAAAGCUCCUUCGAUUAGCGUCUCCAAAUGAGGCUGCUCUGGGACAAUUAAUGACAUUUUUCACGGGAGACCAAGAGAGGAUUAACGAGGGCAUUAUCGUGGCUACUCUUUUCUUAGGAACCCCAAUCCUCUUCAUUUUAUCAGCCGUGUAUUCCACUUAUCUGGUGGGACCGUUAUCCUUGGUGGGCUUUCUCAUCAUUCUGUUGUUCUAUCCUGUUAUGGGAGGCAUUGCAGCUGCCAUGAGCAAACUGCGAUUGAAAAUCGUUAAUGUAACCGACAAGAGAACCACCCAAAUGAACGAGAUUUUGAACUCGAUCCGACUAAUCAAAAUCUAUGGCUGGGAAAAAUCAUUUGAAGAACGAAUCCACAAAAUUCGAGGACAAGAGAUCAAGGAGCUGAGGAAGGCUGCCUUCUUGCAAUCUGCUUUCACCUCGAUCACUCCCUCGGUUACCAUAAUCGCCACCAUUGUUACGUUUUUUGCCCUAACGGCAUGCGGAUAUCGUCUGACAACUCCCGAAGCCUUCACCGUGUUUUCCGUUUUCGUAGCCCUCCAGUUCACGGUAGGAACAUUGCCUUAUGCGCUGAAAUGUCUCGCCGAAGCAAAUGUGUCCUUUCAACGGCUUCAACGAUUCAUGGAGCUUCCCGAAUAUGUCAACCCAUGUUCAAUGAACUUUGACGACGACGACGAGGCCAAGACUUUGAGACUUCUGUUGAAAAACGCGACCUUGGCUUGGACCAAACCUCCAGAGUGGCUCUCACCCGAAGACGAGAAGAAAAAAGCCAAAAAAGUCAAGAAGGCAACCAAUAUCACCGAUCUCGGAACUGCUACAGAAACGGAGCCUCUUAAAGAAAAGGGCGACGAAGAUCAACUCCCCUACACAUCCUGUCUUUUUGACAUUGAUUUAGAGGUCGAAGAAGGCACCCUCCUGGGCAUAGCCGGACCAAUUGGCUCAGGGAAAUCAUCACUCUUAUCUGCCAUCAUGGGAGAGAUGAAACAAUUGACCGGUGACUUGAAAAUCCGAGGAAGUUUAGCCUUGGUCUCUCAACAAGCAUGGAUCUUCAAUGGAACUCUCAGGGACAAUAUUCUCAUGGGAUCCGCAUAUGAAAAAGACCGCUACAAGUCAAUACUGAGGGCCUGCACCCUAGAAACGGAUCUUGAAUUGCUUGCCAAUGGCGAUCUAACUGAGAUUGGCGAACGGGGUGUUAAUCUAAGUGGAGGACAGAAGCAACGGGUCAAUCUUGCUCGUGCUCUUUAUGCCGAUUUAGAUAUCUAUCUACUAGAUGAUCCACUAUCAGCCGUGGAUGCUCGCGUGGCCAAAAGGAUCUUCUACGGAUGCGUUUUGAAGGAGUUGAAGGCGAAGGGCAAGACAGUUCUCCUGGUGACCCAUGGUAUUCAAUUCCUGGAGAAAUGUGACCAGGUGGUGUACAUGUCAAAUGGAACCAUUUUGGAACGUGGAACCCACUCUGAUCUCAUGAGUCGAGACGAUGGUCAUUACUUGCAUAUGUCUACUUUUGAUCAAAGUCAAAAGGGGGGACGCAACCGAGGUGUCUCGGAGUGCUUACUAGACGAUGCCAAACCGGUAAAUGAUCCCGCCCAUGAAAAGCCAAGAAGCGCCUCGAUCACGUCUGGCACUGCGGACGAAACCGAUGCCACCAAAGGCCAAUUCAUGUCUGAUGAGGCCGAUGUGGUGAAUGCGGGAUGGGGAGUCCUGUUGAAUUACUUUCAGGCUUGCGGUGGUCUCGGUAUAAUGUUCAUGCUCUUCUUGGCCAUCUUGGCAUUUUCUCUGGCCCGCUUGUUCACCUCGAUUUGGCUUCAAAUCUGGUUGGAUAACGGAGAUGGUCUGCAAGAAGAGCGAAUGAAGAACGCCACUCUUUUCAACGAGACCUUUUCCGACAUCGAACUCAAAGGAUAUGUGACGGACAACCCUCAUCUCUGGUUUUAUCAGACGGUCUAUUUCCUGAAUCUAGGAAUUAUGGUCGUCAUUGGUCUGGUCAAAGGCAUCGUUUUGGCCUUUCAAUUUCUCAAAGGAUCCUCAAGACUGCACGACGCCAUGUUACACCGAGUCAUGCGGAGUCCUAUGAGCUUUUUCGAUGCCACACCUUCCGGCCGGAUCCUUAAUCGUUUCUCAAAAGAUUUGGAUGAGUUGGAUGUCAGAAUGCCAUUCUUCACCGAAUUCGUUUGCCAAGCCAUCUUGUUCUGCGUCACUCAAAUAUCGGUUGUCUGUUUUGUGUACCCGUACUUUCUUCCUCCAUUCGCUCUCAUUAUUCUGGUGUUCGUUCUUUUGGAUGUUAUUAUGAAUCGUGGCAUUUUGGAGACCAAGAAGUUAGAAAAUGUCACGAAAUCUCCGGUGAUUCAUCAUCUAUCCUCUUCAAUGGCCGGCAUCUCGAUCAUUCGAGGCUAUCAGAAACAGGCUGUGUUUCAAAAGAAAUUUGAGCGCGACUUGAACAUUCAUCUCAGUGCUUCAGCGUUGUUCAGAUUUGCAAAUCGUUGGUUUGCAUUCCGCAUGGACUUGAUUGGGAUGGUCACCAUUGUCUUAACGGGGGUGUUCACGGUUCUUUUUAAGGGGUCCGUUACCCCGGCAAUUGCGGGCUUAGCCUUGGCAAAUGUGUUCCAAACUUGUACGUUUAUUCCAUUUGUUAUGCGAAUGAAAGCGGACUAUCGGGCUCGGUUCAAUUCGGUGGAAAGAGUGGCAGAAUAUGCAAACGAUUUACCGCAAGAGGCACCCGAGCAAAUACCCGAGAAGAAACCAGCGGAAUCAUGGCCAGAAAAAGGCGACAUCAUUUUCAAAGACGUCUCGUUGCGAUACAGGCCUGAUUUGCCUUGGGUGCUCUCCAAAAUCUCUAUGGAAAUCAAGGGAAGCGAAAAAAUUGGAAUCGUCGGAAGAACUGGAGCGGGCAAAACGUCCCUAAUCACCACUUUACUCAGAUUGGCCGAAAUUGAGAACGGCUCAAUCAUUAUGGACGGUGUUAAUAUCUCGGAAAUUGGCUUGCUGGAUCUUCGUACGGCGAUUGCCGUGAUUCCACAGGAUCCGGUGCUUUUCCAGGGCACUUUGAGGUAUAACUUGGAUCCCUUCAAUCAAUAUUCGGACCAAAAGAUUUGGAUUGCCCUAGAAAAAUCUCAUUUGAAGGAGAAGAUCAGCGGCGCGCAUAAUCAACUCUCCAUGACUGUGGAUUCUGAUGGGGAUAACUUUUCAGUGGGCGAAAAACAACUAAUUUGCUUGGCAAGAGCCUUAUUGAGAAAGAACAAAGUUCUGCUGCUGGAUGAAGCUACCGCCUCCGUGGAUGUCAAGACCGACUAUCUCAUUCAAGCCACCAUAAAAGAGGCGUUUGUCGAUUGUACUGUCCUGACAGUUGCACAUCGACUUCACACGGUGGUAAAUUAUGAUCGGAUCAUGGUCAUGCAGGCUGGAGAGGUUGUGGAGUUUGGUCCUUCAAAGGAGCUUCUGUCCAAUCCUGAUGGGGUGUUCUCCUCCAUGAUUAAAGCCGUCCAAAUGAGCAGUCCAUCUCACCCGGCCUUAACAGAAUCUCCAAUAGCCGAGUAAAAUUAAGUGGUAAACUGCACACUCAAAUAUCACCUCAUUUUCCAUAAUGUCAGAUGAUUAGACGUGUUCCGUCCAAGGAUGAUGUUGUACCUUGUUACUUAUGCACAAAAAGAGAGACCUACCCAAUCCAAUAAAUUGCUAAAUACCAGGA